UAAUAAAAUAAAAUAAAAACAUCAGAUGUCCUAGAAUCUUUUGGUCUGGUUUGCUUGUUUUGAGCGAAGUUAGAUUGAAUGCCGUAGCAAAUGACCUUUAUAAGUGGUUGAUCAAAUCAAAUAGUCAAACUGACCAAUCCCCAUUUCAAAACCCAACUCAAUCGAGUCUUAAACACCAAGCGAAAGCUGAAUUCAACCUUCCCCCACCUAAUUCAACCCUUUCUUUCGAUCACCCAAACACACAGAUUUUAACAAUGGCAUACGUGGAUCACGCGUUCUCCAUUUCCGACGAGGAUUUCAUGGUAGAAACCUCGUACACCGUCAACAACAAACCCCCCAUCAAAGAGAUCGCCCUCGCCGUUUCCCUCCUCGUUUGCGGCUUCCUCGGCAUCAUCAUCGGUUCCCUCAUGGCCUACAAUCAUGUCGGCGGCGACACUGCACACGGGAUCUUCUUUGCAAUACUGGGAGUAAUCUUGUUCAUACCGGGUUUCUACUACACGCGGAUUGCUUAUUAUGCUUACAAGGGAUACAAAGGCUUCUCUUUCUCUAACAUACCUCCCGUGUAGCUACUAGCCACCUAUUUCUUAUAAUUUAAGUUUACAUAGCAUCCUCGUGUACAGAUCUUCCCUUGUUGUACUCUACUUUGUUUUUUGUCUGAGAGAUUAUGAGUAUUUAGAUUGUAAUUUGUAAUUACUCUGUAUGUAUGAUAUAUACUGUUGAGAUUUUGUUCUAUAGUGUCAAUUAUCUGUUGAGAUUGAGUUUCUGUAUGAUUAUAAGACAGGAAUGAAUAAUUGAACCACAAUUU